AUGAGCUCUGACGAAAGCAAGCCCAAGGAACAAGAAGAGGCUGCUCCUGCUAGUAGUAGUAGUUUCACCAUGCCCGAUUUGAGCGGCGUCGACGUCAGUGGUGCCCAAUCGAACAUCCGUCAAGGGAUUCAUCAAGGCUGCAAGUGGACCGUCAAUGGCAUUAAUGGCAUGUUGGGACAACUCCAAGUGGCGACCAAGAGCGUCCAAGAACCCGUCAGUGGCGUCAUGUCGGAAUGCGAAAAAUACGGCACCCAAGCCGCCACCCACUGUCGAGUCGCCUACGAACGUCGUCACGAAUUCGCACCCUACUACGUCGCCGGUGCUGCGAUUGGUGUGGGAGGCAUUACGGCCUUGCGAAGAGGACGUCUUCCUGCCGUCGCAUUGGGAGGUUUGGCCGGAGUCGGAACCUACUUGGCACUCUACGAACCGCUCUUUGAAACACCCACCAUCGAAUGGCCCUUUUCUAAUUUGACGGGAAAUCUUGGUCUUGGUGGUGGCAACAAAAAGGAGUAG